UAGCGUGUUUCCUGCCGGCGCGGGGCUGCCCUCUCGCCGCGCACGCUCCACCCCUCUCCCGAGAGCUACACGGCGGCAGAGCGCAGGCCUCGAUCCGUAACGGCCCUCCCGGCGUCCGGGUGCCCUCCUCAGUAGACUGGAGCCGCCUGGGCUCGCAUAGGGAAGAAAGCUGUUGUGUGAUUGCUACCAAAAGGAAGGAGUAAACUUGAAUGAAAGAACAGAGAGAGACAAAGGUGAUUCUGUGCUGGGAAUCAACCAGAAGUAUAACCAUAAGGCCUGCACCUAUGUGUCUGCAACCUAUGUCUUUUCUGAGCCUGCACCUUUUUCUGGGCAUUGAAGUUGCUUUCGAAGCUCCUGUUCUUUCAUCUCUGGCUUCCAAGGGAAAAAGAGAACACUGAGGGAGUAGCACAACAAUCAGAUCCUGUUUUUGUGGCAGCCAGAUCAGGAAAGGCAAAGAAAAUGGUCAGAAUUGUGCAAAGAUCCAGUUUGAAAUGACAUUUGAAGUACACUUGAAAAACAAAGAAGUCAGGAAAUAAGCCCAGGAAGAAAAGGUCAUAAGCAAUUCUCCUCUAUCAUUAUUCUCUGCCUUGGAGCAAGCUGACUGUGGACUCAAACCUCUACAAACUGCUUCUAGACUGAUUCCAUAACUUGGCUGUUAUGAACUGUGCUGUGAUAAACAUGGGAUUGCAGUGCUGAAACUAUUGAAAGAUGGCAGAAGAAGUGGUAGUAGUAGCCAAAUUUGAUUAUGUGGCCCAACAAGAACAAGAGCUGGACAUCAAGAAGAAUGAGAGAUUAUGGCUUCUGGAUGAUUCUAAGUCCUGGUGGCGAGUUAGAAAUUCUAUGAAUAAAACAGGUUUUGUGCCUUCUAACUAUGUGGAAAGGAAAAACAGUGCUCGAAAAGCAUCUAUUGUAAAAAAUCUAAAGGAUACCUUAGGCAUUGGAAAAGUGAAAAGAAAACCUAGUGUUCCAGAUUCUGCAACUCCUUCUGAUGACAGUUUUGUUGACCCAGGGGAACGUCUUUAUGACCUCAACAUGCCUGCCUAUGUGAAAUUUAACUACAUGGCCGAGAGAGAAGAUGAAUUAUCAUUGAUAAAAGGAACAAAAGUGAUUGUCAUGGAGAAAUGCAGUGAUGGGUGGUGGCGGGGUAGCUACAAUGGACAAAUUGGAUGGUUCCCUUCAAACUAUGUAACUGAAGAAGGUGACAGUCCUUUGGGUGACCAUGUGGGUUCACUGUCAGAGAAAUUAGCAGCAGUUGUCAGUAACCUAAAUACUGGGCAAGUGUUGCAUGUGGUACAGGCUCUUUACCCAUUCAGUUCAUCCAAUGACGAAGAACUUAAUUUUGAGAAAGGCGAUGUAAUGGAUGUUAUUGAAAAGCCAGAAAAUGACCCAGAGUGGUGGAAAUGCAGGAAGAUCAAUGGGAUGGUUGGUCUGGUGCCAAAAAACUACGUUACCAUUAUGCAGAAUAAUUCAUUAACUUCAGGUUUCGAACCGCCACCUCCACAGUGUGAUUAUAUUAGGCCUUCACUCACUGGAAAGUUUGCUGGAAAUCCUUGGUAUUAUGGCAAAGUUACCAGACAUCAAGCAGAAAUGGCAUUAAAUGAAAGAGGACAUGAAGGAGAUUUUCUCAUCCGGGAUAGUGAAUCUUCGCCAAAUGAUUUUUCAGUAUCAUUAAAAGCUCAAGGGAAAAACAAACAUUUUAAAGUCCAACUAAAAGAGACCUUCUACUGCAUUGGGCAGCGUAAAUUCAGCACCAUGGAAGAACUUGUAGAACAUUACAAAAAGGCACCAAUUUUUACAAGUGAACAAGGAGAAAAGUUAUAUCUUGUCAAACAUUUAUCAUGAUACUGCAACUCAGAAUUGACUGUUAAUACAGCUUUAUUCCUCAUGUAAUUGAAGACUGAGAAAAUGUUGGUCCAAUCCUGCUUGAUUGGAAAUUGCUGUUUCUAACUCUGUAUGAGAAUUGAUUAUAAUACAUAAGUAUUUUUGUUAUCACUCAGCCCAUACAUAUAUAUUAUAUAUGCAAUGCAUCUGCAUAGAACAAUUUCUUAUUCUUGGUCUUUUAUUUUAAAGUUUUCUUUGCUGUUUUUCUCUUUGCUUCUAAUAUUAAGGUUUUGUAUUUUGAGAAAAAAAAUCAAAUAAUGCAGAUCAGAAGUCUGUGUGGAAGAAUUCCUUUAUUGCCUUUCUUGUAUUUCCUUCUAAAGGCCCCUGCUAGUUCUGCCAUAGUUUCUCUUCAUAUAAAAUUAUAUCUAUAUAAUGACAUAUGCUAAAGUAAAUUUCUUGGAAAGUGUUAUCUUUUCUGUGACUAGCAAUAAUAAAUGGAAAAUUAGAAAUUAUUUUCAGGUUAUUGUAUUUGUCACCACCCAUUGUAAAUAAUCAA